CCGCCUGCAAGCACGGGGACUGUGGUGGCAGCGGAGGACUCGCACUCAGACCAACAUCAUCCACAUCGUCCGCCGCACUGCCGAGGUCUCUCCGGGUUUAAACACGCUCUCACACCGAGAGGAGGGCAGAGCAGAGCGGGGCCUCCUGUCUGUUUCUACCGGGAGGGAAACUUUAAAGCCCGCAGAGGAGCCAUGCUGCCGGGCGACACAACAACAACCCCGCGGACAUAAGCGACAGCGAGGAGCAGAAAGUAGCUUCCAGCUCCACGACACCACAAAGAAGCAGGAGGUGGAGAAGAAGAAGAAGAAGAAGCGGCUGCUCACCCGCUUUAUUGUAUUUUAAUUUAGGGGAACAACGGUAGGAAAGACGGCGUCCGGCCUGAGGAGAAGCUCCGAGGUCGGGGACUCCGGUCGGAGCAACGCUCAUCGUUUCUGGCCUCCCCUUCCCGAGAGCUCCAUGGAGAAGAUGAAGCGGUUCAAGAGACGACUCUCUCAGACAUUACGGGGCAGCCACACCAUUGACGAGUCGCUGUCUGAGCUGGCUGAGCAGAUGACCAUCGAGGAAAACGGCCUGAAGGACAGUGAGCCCAUAGUGAGGAACGGUCGUCCUCCGUCUGCCCACAGCGUGCACUCCUUCCUCCAUCAGUACACAGGAUCCUUCAAAAAGCCACCGCUGCGACGACCUCAAAGUGUUAUCGGAGGAGGCCUCGGGUCUCUCAUGGUCAUGCCUCGCAAUGGCAGUCGCCUUGACAUCGUCCACGAGAACCUGAAGAUGGGGUCCGAUGGGGAGAGCGACCAGGCAUCAGGGACGUCCUCAGACGAGGUGCAGUCACCCACAGGUGUUUGUCUGAGGAACCGAGGGAACAGACGCAUCUCUGCAGAGGACCUGAACAAACGUCUGUCUCUCCCGGCCGACAUCCGGAUACCUGAUGGUUACUUAGAAAAACUGCAGCUGAGCAGCCCGCCCUUCGACCAGCCGCUGAGCCGACGCUCCCGCAGAGCAUCACUGUCAGAAAUAGGAUUCGGGAAGCUGGAAACCUACAUCAAACUGGACAAACUGGGGGAGGGCACAUAUGCUACAGUCUUCAAAGGGAGGAGUAAGCUGACGGACAACCUUGUGGCGCUGAAGGAGAUCAGACUGGAGCAUGAGGAGGGGGCACCGUGCACAGCCAUCCGAGAAGUGUCGUUACUGAAGGAUCUGAAACACGCCAACAUCGUGACGCUGCACGACAUCGUUCACACAGAAAAGUCGCUCACACUGGUCUUCGAGUACCUGGACAAAGACCUGAAGCAGUACAUGGACGACUGUGGGAACAUCCUGAGCAUGCAGAAUGUCAAGAUUUUUCUAUUUCAGAUCCUGCGAGGCUUGGCGUACUGUCACAAACGGAAAGUUCUUCACAGAGACCUGAAGCCCCAGAAUCUGCUCAUCAACGACAGAGGAGAACUCAAACUGGCCGACUUUGGGCUGGCGAGGGCGAAGUCUGUGCCCACUAAAACAUACUCUAACGAGGUGGUAACACUUUGGUAUCGGCCUCCCGACGUGCUGCUCGGCUCCUCUGAGUACUCCACGCAGAUAGACAUGUGGGGUGUUGGUUGCAUAUUCUACGAGAUGGCUGCCGGCAGGCCCCUGUUCCCAGGCUCCACGGUGGAGGACGAGCUGCAUCUCAUCUUCAGGCUGCUGGGCACUCCGACAGAAGACAGCUGGCCUGGAAUAUCCUCUAUUGACGAGUUCAAGUCCUACAAGUUCCCCAAAUACAAGGCCCAGCCCCUCAUUAACCACGCUCCCAGGUUGGACACUGAUGGCAUUGACCUGCUGAUGUCAUUCCUAAAAUACGAGUCCAAAAAGAGGAUCUCUGCCGAUGAAGCAAUGAAACAGCCGUACUUCAGGAGCCUGGGGCCACGUGUGCGCACGCUGCCAGAGAGCAUAUCCAUAUUCACACUGAAGGAGGUUCAGCUGCAGAGGGAUCCUGGCUACCGGAACUCUUCGUACCCAGAGUCAGGCAACGGAAAGAGCAGAAGACAAAGCAUGCUCUUUUAGUCUCUCUGGACUCUAUUUUUUUUAUUAUUUGGGAAGGAUCUCCGAGCUGUACAGUCUCGCCGAUGGAUCAGAGAUCUAAGAUGGAUGUUGGCGUGGAGCAGUACCUUCAUCGUCCUCAUCAUCAUCACCCCCCCAACUUACUUGGGAAACUCGUCCUCAGUGCGAACCCCCCUCCCCUCUAGAAGAGACGUUUAUAUACUGUACAUCUAUAUUUAUUGAGAAGAGAAUUUGCUGCUAAAUCCAACUACUGUCUAGAAUUCUAAUGGGCUCAGUCACUUUAAUGAGAACAUGCAAUGUAUAUAGAUUUCUUCUUUUUUUUUGAAGUGGUGGUAUUUUUAGUGUUUUAUUUUGGGUUUUUUUCAUUUCCAUUUUCAUACAUAAAGACUCCUCCUUGGUGUGAGUGGAUGUGUACAGCUCACCAGCAGACGAACAGAGGGAUGUCUCUGUAGCAGCUCAAAGUAGUUUGAUUCUCAUGCUACGGCGCCGCACAAGUAAUUUGUGACCAUUUGCUCUGAAGGUUUCUGAGGCCAGCUCUGAUUUAAUAACGGAUCAUUUUAUCCUAACUGGAGGCUAAUACAAGAUAAAUGCUGCCAAGUCUGUGGAAAAAAAAUAAGAAAAGGAGAUUUUGUUGUGUCAGAUACUGGCAAAGAAUCAUUCCAGGAUGCUGUGGUCUGUGUUGUGACCAAUGAACAAAUGCAGGAGGGAAACUGGCAGCGUAGAAUUAUUAACAAGGGCAUUAAAGGAUUAGAUCCGCCUUCUAAAACUCUUCACAAAUCCUAAACAAUCAAACUCGUGAACAACCUCCUCCUCGUUCUUCCUCGCCUCAGUCGGACACAUUUUCUCCUCUGCUCAAAGAGGAGAAAGCGCAAAGUGAAUUUCCUGUGUCGGAAUCCAUGAUGCUGCCUUUACUGACGUGUUGUCCUUUCUGCCAUUCCCAUCUCAUCAACUGUAAAAAGACAAAUGGCUCAGAUGGCUACCUUUUUUUCUCUGGAUUGCAUCGUUGUGUUGCAUGUCUGUUCUGUGGUAGGAGGAAGCACAUGUUCAGGGAGCAUAGCUGUAGUCCUGCCCCCCAGUGAAUAAGAAACUAAAGUCAAAUCUAUUUAACAGUGUUACAGGAGAUGUUUUGUAUGAUAUUCUUUAACUUUAUUUGUCGAUAUUUGUUAUCUGUGUGGGAUUUCACUGCAGAUGCACUCCCAUAUUUGAGCUUUUUUUUUCCAGAGUAAAGAAUAUUAAAUCUAAUGUUUAAACAGAAA